GGGCCGAGGAAGCGAAAGAGAAAGCCGGCUGGGUGCGGAGGACCUCGGGCGCCGGGAUGGAGCGUCGGUGGGCCAACCCGCUGCUGCUGUGCUGCUGCUGCUGUCUCGGCCUUGGGGUUACCCGGACCUGGCCUUGGAGCCUCGAGCGGGAGACGGCAGCCUUGCGGGAAAGUGUUAAUAGACAUCGAUACUUGAACUCUUUUUCUCAUGAAAACUCUACUGCCUUCUAUGGAAUAAAUCAGUUUUCUUAUUUGUUUCCUGAAGAGUUUAAAGCUCUAUAUUUAGGCAGCAAACCUGCCUGGUCUCCCAGAUACCCAGCGGAAGGACAGACCCCUAUCCCCAAUGUGUCUUUGCCGUCGAGAUUUGACUGGAGGGACAAACGUGUUGUAAAUCAAGUGAGGAACCAGAAGAUGUGUGGAGGAUGCUGGGCCUUCAGCGUGGUGGGGGCAAUAGAGUCAGCUCGUGCGAUCCAAGGGAAGCCAUUGGAUUUCCUCAGCGUGCAGCAGGUCAUCGACUGCUCCUUUAAUAAUUACGGCUGCAGCGGGGGCUCCCCUUUCAGUGCCUUGAGCUGGCUAAAUGAGACACAGGUAAAGUUGGUGGCAGAUUCAGAAUACCCAUUCAAGGCAGAAAAUGGCCUGUGUCGCUACUUUCCUCAGUCACAGUCCGGAGUUUCUGUCAAGGAUUUUUCUGCGUAUGGCUUCAGUGACCAAGAAGACGAAAUGGCAAAAGCCCUUGUGACCUUCGGCCCUUUGGUUGUGCUAGUGGAUGCAGUGAGCUGGCAGGAUUAUCUGGGGGGCAUAAUCCAGCACCACUGCUCCAGUGGGGAGGCAAACCACGCGGUCCUCAUCACGGGCUUUGAUAAAACAGGAAAUACUCCUUUUUGGAUCGUGCGGAACUCGUGGGGGAAAGCCUGGGGUGUAGAAGGCUAUGCCCACGUGAAAAUGGGAGCUAAUGUGUGUGGCAUUGCAGACUCUGUCUCUGCUGUCUUUGUGUGAUCAUGAGAUGUGAGAUGUUUCGGAGCCAUCAUGAGACAACUACCAAAUGAUGCUCUUUUUAGUAUGGUCUAAUAUAAUAGUCAACUCUGAGCAUUAUGCACCAUAAAGUUUCGACAACUGUCUACAAAGAGAUUCUAAGAACAGACUAGCAUUAUUUUAAAACAAUGGUAGGUCAUCCCAUUCUUGCAGCGAGAUGGACAGCCAAAGGCCAUAGGAAGACCCCAGCACAUUGGCCUGAAAGGGAAUCUGUGGGACAGCAUGGAACUCUGAGAGCCUGGUGUGCUCAGAAGUCACACAGGGCCCGCCAUCUGGAAGAGGUUGGGAUUUUUGCUUGUAUCUUGUCUUCCCUGCUGUUUAUUUUAAUGGAGUACUUUGGUGAGGUUGGAUCAAAGAAGUGAUCAGACUCUGUUUUCCUUUUGUGACUUAUAAUCACCAGCCUUAGAUUAUUUCACCCUCAAGGUCCCUCCUCCUAACUCACAGUUACAGCUGCCUUCUGAGACCGAGUGCGGUACAGAUUUGAACUAUCACUUGUUUUAUCUCAGCAAAUACUUUCCAGUCCGAAAGAGUUCAGCACCAUUGUUGGUAUUCCAUCUCCAUUCCCGGUCUCUUAUUUCAAGCCCCCCUGACACUUGGCAGCCCUGAUCGCUUUGCUCUUUGUUCACAUUCUUCAUUAGAAUACCAGCAUCAAGAACAGAACUGUUAUUUAUUUUUCCUGUGCUAGUGAGAAGAAGUCUCAAAAGGAUGUGUAGAGACUGGGGUGUGAAUAAAUAACAGAAAACAGUUCUUAACUGGAAAACAGUCGCCUAAUUAUCCAGGGACCUCAGAAAGGAGUUAAGUCCAGUUUUUGUUACUGACUCUCAAAAUGUCAUCAGGGAUUUUCUUUCUAUGCAAAAGAAGUUUUAAAUUUUCAAAAUGAUUGUUACCCUCAAAUAUCCUGGAUUUUGAUAAUAUUUAUAAUAAACAACUUAUAUUUGA